GUGAUUUAUCCUGACUCGCACUCUGAUAUGAAGGCACACGGGUACUCGGAUGAAAGCUUACGAGAACUUUUGGGUCGUGUGCAGCUCACACACAUACUGGACCGAGAAGGUGGAUGGAAUGCAAUUGCUGAUUGGAUGGAUGUGCUGUCUGGAGGGGAAAAACAGAGAAUUGCAAUGGCACGUCUGUUCUACCACAAACCUCAAUUUGCCAUACUGGAUGAGUGCACCAGUGCUGUCAGUGUUGAUGUUGAAGAUGGCAUGUACCAGUAUUGUAGACAAGUUGGCAUCAGCCUCUUCACUGUGUCACAUCGCAAAAGUCUCUGGAAACACCAUGAGUAUUAUCUUCACAUGGAUGGUCGAGGAUCGUUUGAGUUCAAGACAAUUCAACCUGACACAAGAAUUUGGUUCUUAGAGUCUAUCCAUUGUAAUCAGAAUUUUAUUGUUGAAGUACAGUACUGUGUAACAAAAUAUUUCUGUCUUCAGGUGGUAAAGAAUUUUAUUAUUGACUUAAACCCCACUUAGUGUUAGUUAAACAUUGUAAUUGUAUCUAAAGCUUGUUUUAUCGUUAGAAAAAGAAGAAUUGUAAUUGGUGAAA